AAGCCCUUCAAGUGCGACGAGUGCGGCGUCGCCUUCGCGCGCUCCAGCGACCUCAAGAAUCACAUGCGCACGCACACGGGCGAGAAGCCCUUCAAGUGCGACGAGUGCGGCGUCGCCUUCGCGCGCUCCAGCGACCUCAAGAAUCACAUGCGCAAGCACACGGGCGAGAAGCCCUUCGAGUGCGACGAGUGCGGCGCCGCCUUUACGCGCUCCAACAACCUCAAGAAUCACAUGUGA